AUGGCCGGUCGCCCAAUCUCGAAAAUAGCCCCCGUCGGCUCUAUGACCUGGAUCACGAAUGAGCGUACAACAAUGCGUCAACUCGGCGGACAGGAUUUUGAGGAUUUCACUUUCUCGGCUCGGGGAGAGCUAGAAUGGCUCAACGAGCAUAUGGCCGAUAUUUUCGAGCGCAGUCAGGUGGAUAUGACUGAGCUGCUUAAGACUCCGGGAAGAUUGAGAGGGAAAACACCUCGAACUGCCCGACAGCAAUUGAGACAGGUAGAGCCUUUCGGCGAUGUAUUUGGUGCCAAUAAGCCAGCUGCGGUUCUGCCCGCUGGAGAUAGUAGAUUUCACAAUGCGCUUUCACAACUCCCUAGUAAUGGCAGCCGCGUGAGCCCAGCACGCGAGAAGAGCUCAGGCUCGAAAUCCCCCAAUCGAUUGUUACGGAAACAACAAGAUGUCGCUCCUCCUCCUCCUCAGGUAGAUGGUACGAUGCGUGAUAGUGGUAUCGAGUUUAGCCAGGUAGAGGGUCCGGCGGCCCAGGUUAAUGAUAGUGGGAUUUGGAGUGCUUCAUCAGAAUAUGCAUCACAACAGUCUGUGUAUCCGUCACGACGGAAGUCAACGCCGGUGGAUGUCCCAGCACAAGAGGAGGCUGCUUUGCCCUCGCCUGCGCCUCCAUCAGCGCCCACGAGUAAAUCGGAUGAGAGGACUACUCGACAAUCGUUCCGCACGGCACACGAAGAUGAGGCUUCAUCCGAACGACCUCAUUCACCAAUACAAAAAGCGCCCAAGUCGCCGAAGAAGAGCCCAGGAAAGCCAAAAUCUCGGCGUGUAUCCCCGGUCAAGACGAUAUCUCACUCACCUGAGAGGGAUGCUGCUCCAGCUCCCGAACCUCGGCGGUCUGGACGUAUACGCAGCGGACGUGGCUCUACCGGUUCCGAAUUGUCUAAUAACGAGAAUGAGGUUCCACCCCCAUCAUCACCUCCGGCUACACGACCGGCCCCAUCACAAGAAGAGACAAAGUCAUUCACAGGAAAGGCAGCAGGUGAUGGAUAUCCUCAACUGCCUAGUGAGCCAACGCAAGCACCAGAACCAGCGCCAGCGCCAGCUGGAACUCCUAUACGCCAUGCUGAGGAGGCCGAGAAGCCACCGCAACCAGAAACUCAGAUGACCCCUGCCAGUGAGAGAUCUGGCUCAGGAUCGCCUGAGCCUGUAAUUAGAAAGAGCAUUCUCAACUUUGCAUCUCUCCCUGCAAGAGAGCCGUUAACUAGCAAAAAGAAGAGUUUGGGCGUCAGGGUUACUCGUGAGAGCCAUCUCGAGCAGCUUCGUGCUAACGGCACAAGCAGAGCUAGCUGGAUGAACCGGGGGGGCAAUGGCAAGAGUUUGGGAGCUGCAAAUCGGUCUGUUGAUGCGGUGGCGAAUAGUAUUGAAGAUAGGGACGAAGAUGGGCCGGUGCCAGUUGAGAAGUCUCUGAAACGCAAGAGCGAGCAGCAGGAAACUACGAGAUCACGAAAAAAAUCAAAAAGCAUCAACCCAGUUGAAGUGGCGGCGCGGGGGGAGGAUUCAAAUGGGGAGACUGAAAAAGAUAAGGUUCUCCAUAACAAGAUUUCGACUCAACGUCUUCACGAAAAGAUCCAACAACUUGGGAAGGUCAAAGCUCCCCGUGAGACUCACUCAGUAUCUGUUCUUGCGGCGGAGCCAGCGUACCCAGAUUUGUCUCAGCUUAAGCAAGAUCAACCUCCUGUUCCAACGAGGCGGCCUAACAGCAUUCAUCAGGGUGAAUCUACUCGUCCGAUUGCCGAUGAAUUGCCGCAAGAGCGAGAGAAAGUUGGGGAAAAGACACGUUCAGAGUCAUUUACUAAGCCUGGCCUGGCGAGAAGCCAUACCGAACCAAGAUUGGGCGUUGAGGAGGAACCUGUUAGACGUCCGGAUUCACCUAAGAAGACCCAAACAGCACGCGUGGCGACACUUGCGAGAACGAUGAGUGAUGUGUCUGCCCCCCCUCCGCGAUCCCCUGCGACACGUCCCAGGCUUUCAAAGUCAUUUUCAGAGGUGCAACAUCGAGAGCCGGAUCUACAAUCGCCGCUCUCCCCGGGAGGCGAAGGUGCUAUAUCGGCGGUCAAGACUCACACUGCGAGUGUGUUCAAGAGAGCCAAGGAGAUGUUACUUAAGAGUUCAGUUUCGAGCGCCUCGGCCAAGAUUGAAUCACUCAGCCCGGCCCCUAGGUGGCAGGGUAUCAAUGCUAUGAAGCAAUCGACGAAGACCGAUACAGAGGCAGAACGUUCUCAACAUUCAGCCAAAUCUCCAGUGGAGCGGCUGUAUCCGGAUCUUAACUCAGUUACUGUGGCUCAGCAAUUGUUGGAGGAGGUAUCUGUGGAGAACCCGGUUGAGAAACCCGUUUUGGUAGAGGAGGCCCGGCAAACGAGGAAUUCACGAUCUAAAGAGGUAGCCAAGGAGGAGGCUAAAAAGGCCGGAAAGGUAGAGGAGAGGGUGGCAGAAGAAGUGGCUCUUAAUGAGGCUGCUGCCGUUGAACCUGUCAUGGAGAGUCGUCAGACUAGGAACUCGAGAUCACGCGAAACGCCCCAAGAGGAGGUAACAGAACCAGCGCCACCUUUGAUGAAAUCUCCACGAAAGCUCAAGAAUGCAGCCCGGGAAGAGGAGCUUAGACAUGUCCGAGAACUGAGGCGCAAGCACCAAGAGGAGAUGCUCAGAAAGGAGAAAGAGGAACUUAGAAGGCGCCAACAAGCCGAGCAGCAACGGGAGAAGGAAGAACAACGGAGGAAAGUGAUAGAAGUCUCUUCCGAUUCCUCAUCCUCCUCAGAAGACGGGGAGGAAGAAGGGGCUGUGGAUCGUGAAGUAAAUCGUCGGCGUUUUGGCUCUUCCUCGGAACCAGAGCGUCCUCCCUCGCGUCUCCGGGGGGCUGGUGGCGGAUUUCGGAAACCUGCAGAGAACAAGCGUCCGUCUAGACCUGCUAAGGAAGCACCAAAGUCUAAGCCGGCACCUGUUAACAUUCGGAUUGGCACUGCUAGUCAGAGAGAGAUGCAGGAUCAACGUAGCAAGAUGACUGCCCCAACAGGUUCUUCGUUGAUAUCAGCUCUUAAGAGCAGCUUUGAGCCCUCUCUCAACGCCAGCGCCAGUCAGAAUAGUCUUCAGUCGAUUCCUUCUAACUCUAGUAUGCGGAGUGGCUCUAAUACAGGAAAUACAGGAACUUCGAAGCAGUUGAAGUCCUUGACUGCUGCUGCUAACCAGCUGAAGAAGGAACAAGAGGAACGGGAGCGAAAAAUGGCGGCAAAGCGGGAGAUUGAACGUCGCAGACAAGAGAACCAAAGACGACAAAUUCAAGAGGAAGAGCAGAAAAAGAUGAGACAAAGGCCUGCGCAGGCUGUUCCCCCUUCUGCGAAGACGUUAUCGAGGAUACAGUCUGUCGCCAAUCUGCGUCAAAAGUCUGAAGAGCCCGAAAACAAGAGACUCGAGUAUCAGACUAAAGCUACCAGCUUCCAGAAGUCAAAUGCCAGCAAACGCGCUCUACAGCAGGAGUCAUCGUCGGAUGAUCUCCAGAAUGCACGCCUUGCUCCACCCAAGCCUGGUGGUCCGGCGUAUCAACAGGAGGGUGCUAAGAAACGUCGUACUGGAGAGUUUGAGGAGGAGCGUCCUAGACCUGCAAAGGAAAUGGCGCCUCCGAUCAGACAGUCAGCUGUUAGAGGAGGUCUCGGUCAGAAGAGUGGACUUCCCCAUGGCUAUAUACCGGCAAGCCAGUCUGCAUCUUCGUCCACUGCUCCGUCUAUGCUUAGACCUCCUACGAAGCCUGGCAGCGUACCCCAUGUCGAGGGUGUCAAGUUCUCUAAGGAAAAGCUCAGGUUCGCACCUGCGGAAGCGCCUGCUUCCGCCUCCGGGCCUUCCUCUUCCGAUCCUCCUCCGAAUCCUACCUCUCAUUCCACAGCGUUCAAGACUCCCGGGACGUCCAAAUCAAUGAGGCCUACCAAGACCCCCGCUGGCGUGAAGGAGUCGCCGAUCUACCAAAAUGGCGAGCUCAUCGAAUUACCCGAAAUCCCUACAGACUCCGAAGACGAAGAUGACGACGACGACUACGCCUCGAAAGACGCCUUCCGCGUCCCAGACUGGGCCGAAUCCCCCGAACUCCGCGCACAACUACAACGCCAGCAGACGAUGAACCCAGAGGAGGUCUUCGGGCCCAUGGCACGCCUGGACAUGGAGGCCAUCUUCACCAACAGGAACGAGCGACAAAUGGCGCGCUUCAGAGCGCGCACCUCGUCCGCUAAUUGGAAUGGCGCGGAUAGGCUCACGCCCGCCGAGAUUGCGGCGGAUCAUGAAGCGAGGUUGAGAAUGAUUGAGCAGGGAGGAUGGGUGUAUCAGCCUGCUCCAUGA